CGGAGGCACGAGGUUGAGGUCUCGUAUUAUUGCUUAGAACCGUGUGAAAUCCGGGUAAAAUGGACACAAACCACCCCGGGUCAGCGGGCGGCAGAGGAGGAUUAGGUAGUAUUUUCGGCGGAGGAUCCCCCGGAUAUUCUCACUCAGACCUUGCUGGCGUGCCGUUAACAGGAAUGAGCCCUCUUUCUCCAUAUUUAAAUGUGGAUCCACGGUAUUUAGUUCAGGACAAUGAUGAAUUUAUUUUACCCACUGGUGCAAACAAAACUCGGGGCAGAUUUGAGUUGGCGUUUUUUACAAUCGGGGGUUGCUGUAUGUCAGGAGCAGCAUUUGGAGCAGUGAAUGGUUUGAGGCUUGGAUUUAAAGAAACCCAGAACAUGGCCUGGUCCAAACCCAAAAAUGUUCAGAUUUUAAAUAUGGUUACAAGGCAGGGUGCGCUAUGGGCUAACACCUUGGGUUCUUUAGCAUUACUAUACAGUGCCUUUGGGGUUAUUAUAGAAAAGACGCGAGGAGCAGAGGAUGAUCUCAACACUAUUGCUGCUGGCACAAUGACUGGGAUGCUCUACAAAUCUACAGGCGGUUUGCGUGGUGUGGCUCGUGGUGGACUUGCUGGUUUGGCUCUCACAAGUGCCUUUGCUCUUUAUAAUAACUGGGAGCACAUCAAAGGCUCAUCAUCACGGCUGUCGUUAUAAGUAAAACUUUCUGGACUGCAAAAAGAUCUGUAAUCAUUCUUGUGAAUUCCCUUUUACUCUCUGUAUAUAGUACCCUUGUGCUUCAGGUUCCACGAGCUGAGACCGUUCAUUUUUUAAAGGAACAGUGAGCUAACUGAUCCAUUGGGACACGACUUUCAAAGAUACUGUGGUCACGGCCCUUCGUAUGCAGAGCCCUCCUCGUGUCAUAAAUAAAAUAUUUAUGUGUACAUUUUCAAUUAUUUAAAUACUUGUGUUUCAUUGCCAGUCUUGUUGCACUUUUAGUUUAAUGACAUAAUGCUAUGUUUAAGGUCAGCCUUCAGUAUCUGAUAUGAAUGAAGAUAUUUUAGCUGUUUUAAAAAAAUAUAUGUGCUGUAAGAGUGAUGUACAAGUGCACAUAUCUAUGAAGUUUAAUUUUCACCUCCUGAAUGUGAAUUUAAAUUGCACAGACUUAACAAUUGUUAGCUCUUGCAUGUGCUGUGUGUUAGCAGGCAAGAGUUGUACUGACACUCUUGCAAAGUAAUACCUAACUAUGAGACUGAAAUUUAAAAUUGCUUCACAUGCUUGAAUUCAAUCCAGUUUAAGCAGAUUGAUGAGUAAAUUUACUUUUGUAUUUUUUUUUUAAAAAGGAAAAAAAAGUGUAUUCCUUUUAGAAAGUCAUAUCUUAUAAAAGGUAUUUGCCCAUAGAUAUUAACUGUAUCUUAAUUUGUCUGUCAGGGAACACAUGAAUAUCAACUGAUGGUAUACUGAUUAAUCUAUCAUUAUGGGCAUUAAGUGGCAUUAGAGAUGUUAAAAUUUUAUUGUGCAGUUUAUCAAUGGAUUAGUGGUUUCUAUUCAGAAAAGCUUUUCUCUGUACUGUAAAAUACAGUUCUAAUUCUGUUAAUUUAA